UAUUGUCCAGCCCUUGUGGGUUUCAGCGCCCAUCAUUCCUACUCUACAUAAGUAGAGAAAUUGAAGUCCAACACAUCUGGUGGGCAUCAGGUUGGUGAAGGCGACUGUAAAAGUUGGAGGUGGAGCAACUGCGUGACAGAAUAACUAGUUUUAGGAAAUCUGGUGUCAAAAAGGAGAGACUUCUCAUUCAGCACCCAAUUGACUCACAGGCUUCUAUAAAUGAAUUGCCAGUUGCUCAGCCACUGUUUGAUGAACGUUCAAUGAAUUUAUCAGAAAAAGAAGUUAUGGACCUGUUUGAAAAAAUGAUGGAAGACAUGAAUCUAAAUGAAGAACGAAAAGCUCCUUUACGGAAUAAAGAUUUGACCACAAAACGUGAAAUGGUUGUCCAGUACAUUUCUGCAACUGCCAAAUCUAUAAUUGGAAGUAAAGUUCCGGGAGGCCUGAAAAACAGUAAACAUGAGUGCACACUCUCGUCGCAGGAAUAUGUCCACGAACUACGAUCAGGUAUCUCAGAGGAAAAACUUCUCAACUGCUUAGAGUCUCUGAGGGUAUCUCUGACAAGCAAUCCAGUAAGUUGGGUUAACAAUUUUGGUCAUGAAGGCCUUGGGCUUCUCUUGGAUGUCCUUGAAAAACUCCUUGAUAAGAGACAGCAAGAAAGUAUUGACAAGAAGAAUCAACAUAAGCUUAUACAGUGCCUCAAAGCAUUUAUGAAUAAUAAGUAUGGACUACAAAGAAUACUAGGAGAUGAACGAAGCCUUCUCUUACUUGCCAGAACAAUUGAUCCAAAACAACCAAACAUGAUGACUGAAACAGUGAAAAUACUUUCUGCCAUUUGUAUUGUUGGAGAAGAAAACAUGCUGGACAAAAUUUUAGGAGCUAUAACAAUUGCAGCUGAGAGAAACAACGGAGAACGAUUUGCUAACAUAGUGGAGGGGCUUGAAAAUCAUGAAGCUCUGCAAUUACAGGUUGCCUGCAUGCAGCUCAUAAAUGCCCUUGUCACUUCUCCAGAAGAUCUUGAUUUUAGGGUACACUUGAGGAAUGAAUUCCUGCGCUGUGGGCUAAAGAAAAUAUUACCAGACCUAAAAGAGAAAGAGAAUGAAGAACUUGAUAUUCAGUUGAAAGUAUUUGAUGAAAACAAAGAGGAAGACUUAACUGAAUUGGCCCAUCGUCUCAAUGACAUCAAAGUGGAAAUGGAUGAUGUGAAUGAAGUUUACCACCUGUUAUAUAACAUGUUGAAAGAAACAACGUCAGAAAACUACUUUCUAUCAAUUUUACAACAUUUUCUACUCAUUAGGAAUGAUUAUUACAUACGCCCUCAGUAUUACAAGAUAAUAGAAGAAUGUGUUUCCCAGAUAGUAUUACACUGUAGUGGUAUGGAUCCCGACUUCAAGUGUAGAGGGAGGCUGGAUGUAGACUUCACGCAUCUAGUAGACAGCUGUGUGGACAAAGCAAAGGUUGAACAAAGUGAACAGAAAGCUGCAGAUUUUUCCAAAAAGUUUGAUGAAGAAUUUACAGCUCGUCAGGAAGCCCAAGCUGAGCUUCAAAUACGAGAAGAAAAAAUCAAAGAACUUGAAGCUGAAAUCCAGCAGUUGCGGACCCAGGGUUCUGUAUCUUCAAGUGGUGUUCCUCCUCCUCCUCCUCCACCACCACCACCACCCCCUCCAGUUUCUGAUGCCCCUCCUCCUCCUCCACCUCCACCACCACUACCUGGAAGUGCACCCCCUCCACCCCCUCCUUUACUUGGAGGGUUUGGGCCACCUCCUCCUCCUCCUAUGUUUGGUGGCAUUCCUUCUCUAGUAGCUACACCAGUGCUGCCUUUUGGGAUAAAGCCAAAGAAGAAGUACAGCCCAGAAGUGACCAUGAAGAGAAUCAACUGGGCAAAGGUUGAACCGCAUGAAAUACAAGAACAUUGUUUUUGGGUAAAAGCUAAGGAUGAAAAAUUUGAAAAUCCAGAUCUGUUUGCCAAGCUGGCACUCACUUUUGCCACACAGAUGAAGGUUAAAAAGACAGUGGAGAAUGUGGAGGAAAGGAAGAUAAUCCUGCCCAAGAAGAAAGUUAAAGAGUUAAGAAUAUUGGAUGGGAAGACUGCUCAAAAUUUGUCUAUUUUCCUGGGAUCUUUCCGCAUGCCUUAUGAAGAAAUAAAGCAUAUUAUAUUGGAAGUAGAUGAAGCAAAACUAAGUGAAGCAUUAAUUCAGAACUUGGUUAAGAAUCUCCCUGAACAAAAGGAACUCAGUUCCUUAGCUGAACUGAAGAAUGAAUAUGAUGAUCUCUGUGAGCCAGAACAGUUUGGAGUUGUGAUGAGCUCAGUGAAAAUGUUGCGGCCUCGUCUCGAAGGAAUCCUUUUCAAGCUGACGUUUGAAGAGCACAUCAACAAUAUCAGACCUGGCAUCAUGGCAGUCACAAUUGCCUGUGAGGAGCUGAAGAAAAGUGAGAGCUUCAGUAAGCUUUUAGAACUUGUGCUAAUGAUUGGAAACUACAUGAAUUCUGGCUCAAGAAAUGCCCAGUCAUUGGGUUUUAAUAUUAGUUUCCUUUGCAAGAUUAGAGAUACAAAGUCAUCUGAUCAAAAAACCACUCUGUUGCAUUUCCUGGCUGAUAUUUGUGAAGAGAAAUAUCAGGACAUCCUAAAAUUUCCAGAUGAACUUGAACAUGUUGAAAGCGCAAGCAAAGGUAUAUCAAGAGAUAAGACAGGGAGUAAUUUUGAUCUACUAAAAUGUGGAAAGUCUUUGGAACAUUGUCCAUUGUUUUGAAAUGUUGAAUUUUGACCUUGCAGGAUGG